AAAAUUGUGUUUAUCAGCAAACAAAUGCCUUACUAAUUUCUGUGUACUGGAAAGUCCCAAAAACUUAUUUUGAUUUUUUUAAAAUACUGAAAAUUCCCGUUUUUAAUUGAAAUUCAUAUUUGUCUUUUGAUAGCUGUAAGUAUUUCAAUAAAAAUUGAUAACAGCAAGCUCCUACAAAGAAAUCAAUAUAAGUUGAUAAGGAAUGAGAUGCUGCAGUCUAUUCGUGUCGAUUUCAGUACAAUAUUUAAUUUCCAAGUGUGAAGUUCAGGGAAUAAUUGAAUUAAAAAAUAAUAAGAAAAUGAUGAUUAAAUUGAUUCAACUAUUGUUAAUAAUAGUCAUUUUCAUAACAGCUAAUGUCCUAGCUCAAGAUAAAAUUUGCGAUCGUGACUUAACAGAUCCAUCUUCAUGCUCAUUUAAUGGAAUCAAAGUUCCUGAUGAAUUAUACAAAUUGACACCAUUUAAAGAUAUAAAAUUUGCAGAAGUUAAAAGAAUUAGGUUCAGCGAUUCAAGGAUGUAUCAUCUGCCUAGUGAAGUGACUAAAACGUAUGUGAAUGUUCAGGAUCUAGAUAUUUCCAAUACCCACAUCUCAAGAUUUGAUGGAAUGGAUUUUAGUGAUUCAAAUAUAUUGAUUAAAUUAAAUGCAUCACGUAAUGCAAUCCAUUCAUUGCCGAAGGGUUUAAGCAAUAAGUUCCGUUAUAUGCAAAAUAUGGACAUAUCAAAUAAUUUUAUAGAACUCAUUGAAACUGGAGCAUUUAGCUACAACAAAAACUUGACAUACCUUAAUUUAUCGAAUAAUCUUAUUGAAGUAAUUGACCGAGAAUUCCUGAUAGCCGUAAGAAGUGUCAAGAUCCUGCAUUUAAGUUACAAUCGAAUCUCAGAAAUUCAAGGUGACUUGACAGACAUUCAAUUUGAUAUCGAGGAAAUUUAUCUUAAUGACAAUCAGUUGAAGACUAUUGAUCCAUUAAUGAUUAAGUCCUUGCUAGUUCUUGACAUUAGCCGUAAUCGAUUAGAAGGACAUUUCAACUUCCUUGAAGCAAAAUUCAUAGAAUUAAAUGUUCGUGCUAAUUUCAUCGAGACUCUCAACGUCAGCACAAUUUUAGAGAAACUGGAUGCAUCAGACAGCAAUAACAGGAUGUUUAAAAUCAAUUUUGGAACUGGAUCUUGGUUGAAGGAAUUGAAAUUAUCAAAUUUAGAUAUUGUUGAUUAUGAUCAUUUAUUGAAUCAAAUUAAGCAUCUUGCCAACCUUGAAUCACUAGAUUUGUCACAUAAUAACCUAGAAAGUUUUGAUUUUGAGGAAGUUGCAAAAUCCUUGGAAGUUCUGAACUUAGAAAGAACAAAUUUAAGAAAGAUUGACAAUUUAAAUUAUGUAAAAAUUUUAAUACCAACUUUAAAGGAAAUCAACAUACAGGACAACUUAUUUGACUGCUCUGAACUUCCGAAAAUUCUUAAUGACUUCAAACAACAUAAAAUCAAUGUCACAGGCUUAAUAGAUGGACAUUUAAAUGAAUUUGUAGAAAAGAACUGCGCACCACCAAGUCACCGAGGAGAUCAUCAAGUUUGUCAAACGGGAAGUUCAGGUGCAUUCAUAUUUUUUUUUGUGGUUUCAAUCUUUGGAAAUACUUUGUGUGCUGUUGUAUUUCUGCUCUUUAAAUAUAGAGGUUUUGGCAAGAAUCCUUCGCAACUAUUGAUGCGAGAUUUUUAAGGAUGUCACAUUUUUAAUGAGUUUGGAUACCUGAGUAACCCACCCCAUUAAUUACACAGUUGUAAUAUUAAUCAUACGCAAACUUAAUGGACAUCCAAUUUAUUUAUUUUACAUGCAAUAAAACUUUUUUUUAAACAACCACACAUAGACACACCACCUGAAAGUGCCACAACUACAGUUUUAUUUUUAUGUCACAAUGCUGAUACAUUUUUUAUUAAAUGAAAAUUAAUAAAACAUCAGA